AUGUCUUACACAGUGAAGACAAAAAUUGGUCGUCAUGGUCUUGAACAAUAUUAUGAAGAUUUUAAAGAGUAUAUUACAGGUGAUCUGAAAGGUAAAACAUCUGCCACAUGUAUUUUAUGCAAAGAAAUUGUUUGGCAUGUGAAAAAUUCUACGUCAAAUUAUUGUCAUCAUUUACAACGUAAACAUAAAGCGGAAUAUGAUUUGUGGUCAAAAAAUGCAUCAGAUAAAGAAAAAAACUUGAACAAGAUGAAACAAAUUUCUUUAGAAGAUAGUUUAUCUUCACCUUCUCAUACAUCAAACUAUGGACCAACUCAUCCUCAUUUACCAUUAUCAAUUACUGAAAAACUUGCAUUUAUUCAAGCUAUGAAAACAGUUGAUCCAAAACUUCGUGUUCCAUCUCGACGAUCAAUCACAUCUGAUUAUUUACCAAAAUUACAUGAACAAAUUGUUAACAAAUUAAAAAAUGCAUGUUCAUCAGCUGAUUUUCUUUCAUUAACAUUCGAUGGCUGGACAGAUCGUCGUAUGCGAGCAUCUUAG